AAAAUCAUUUUUGAAUAUGGAAGGAUUUCUAGUAAGGGAACUCAAAAAUUUCGAAUAUACGAUUCUUGAUUCUCUCAAAGAUCAAGAGUCUUCCAUUAUAAAACGUGCAAGAAGACAAGAAACACAAAGAGCGAUCGUAGAUACUACAGCUCUUGUUAAUGAAUCUGAUGAAUCUGGGGAAACCGUUUGGCAUAAUUGGGCAGGAAAUAUUUCGUUUAAACCAGAUAAAAUAUUUUACCCAAAGAGCGUUGAAGAUUUAAAAAGUUAUGUAAAGAGUGCACAAAAGAAUGGAAAGAAAAUUCGAUGUGCUGCUGAAGGUCAUAGUUGGAGUUCGCUUUCAAUGACAAAUGAUUAUUUAGUGAUUUUAAACAAUAUGGAUAAAAUUGAUAUUGAAAAGAGAGAUGAUGGAUAUGUGGUUCAUGCUGAAGCUGGAGCUCAAAUCUCGCAAAUCGAUAAAGCACUCGAGAGGAAUAAUCCACCAUUGACGAUCACUUCUAUGACCGUCCUUGAUAAUGUAAGGAUUGGAGGUGUUGUCGCAACUGGAAGUCAUGGUGCUAAAUUUGAAGCGAGAACAAUCGUUGAUCAAGUUGUUGGUUUACAAAUCGUGACUGGCGAUGGUGAAUUACAUGAAUUUUCAGAUGAAAAGAACCGUGAUGAAAUGGAGGCUGCACGUGUCAGUUUAGGUUUAUUAGGUAUCAUGUCUAGGGUAACCUUACGUGUUGAACCAAUGUACGAUCUUCGAAUGACUGACACUUAUCCGCUUAAGUCUAAGUUUGAUUCAGCCGCUAUCAGAGAUCUUGUGAAAAAUUCGGAUGGAAUUGAAAUUUUCUAUUGGCCAUUUAAUACACUAACAAAAGAUCAUUUAAUAUCAAAAGAAACGGAAAGACUAUGGAUUAAACGAUGGACAAAGUCUACUGAUCCUGUCACUUUAAAUGAACUCCAGCAACUUUUCCUUCGUAUCGCUCAAGACGCAUCUACCAAAAUAGCUCAUCACUUUUAUCAGGAAAUUCUAAAUUCCCCGGAAAAGACUCCAUUAAUCGCCAACUUAGCUGGAAAAGUAAAGUUGGUAGAACAUAAUGACGUAUGGAGUGCACCUGAUGCAAUACAUUAUCAGGCAGGAAUUGAUAAUUUACCUUGCGAGGAUUUGGAAUUUGCAAUUAAAGCCGAUAAAGACUUUGAAAAUGUCAUAACGGAAAUUGAUUACAUUUUUAAUAGAAUUUUUGAAUACGCGAAGAAGGGACAAUAUCCUCUUAAUUUAGUCGUUGAAAUACGUAUCACCAAAAGCUCGAGCGCUAUCUUGUCAGACGCAUACGAUAAAGAUCCUGAUGCCUACUAUUUCUUUAUCGAAGUCUUAUCUAUAAAAGAUACACCAUUAUUUAAGGAAUUUUCGAUCGAACUUGCUCAAAGAUGGAUGCAAAAAUAUAAUGCGAGACCGCAUUGGGCUAAAUCUUGGGAAUAUGUGCCGAAUAUUACUCAAUAUCUACAUGAACAGUUGGGCGAACGUGCCAAAAAAUUUGAGGCUGUCCGUGCAAAGUAUGAUCCAAAUGGCAUUUUUUUCGAUAACGAAUCGUUGAAACAAGUGAUCUAUGGAACCAAAUAAUAAAUGUUUAAAUGCCUAGCAGAUAUGACCGAUUUUCAUGAAUAAAAUUUUUAAUCAAAAAGAUAGCAAUAUAAUGUUAAUAUGUUUAAUAUUUUUUUUUGUAAGUAUGUAAAAUAGCUUAACUUUUAAUUAUUUACUACUUUAUUUCAUUUAAUUGCCGAUCCGUCUAAGAACGGCACUAUCGUAUAUGUAAAAUACAUAUCUGAUGCGCGUUACAAUGUAAAGUCAUUUUUUCUAUAGUAAUGUUAUAAUUAUUUUAACAUAUUAUUUUUCCUUGAGUUUUUUUUUACAUAUAUCAUAUGAUUUUUAUUAAAAAAUAUUGAGUUAUCGCAGUUUU